UGUUCUAGUAUAUUCGUCACGGCAACAGAGUCGAGUGUAUUGGUAAUUGGCAUUUAGCAUUAACAUUGAACAUUUGUGUGGUCAGUUCGGCAUACGCACAGUUAAAUAAAUCUACAAGUGUAAAUAAUUCGACAUUUGCGGUUAUCGUAUAAACAACUCGUGUAGUUUCGUUUAAAUAAUUGGCCCGAAGUUAUUCCAUCGACUACAAAGGAGAAGAAUACUUUCGACCGAAAAUGUCGACUACGUCGUCGUUCCGCACUUUCGCCCGUUCGUUUGGGUCGAAAAUUGAAAAACCAGUACGUACACAUUUGGUUAAUGUGUACGCUUGCUUGACCGUGGCAAUGAUAGCAGCCUCAGUUGGAGCUUAUGUGCACGUGUUCACAAACUUUCUAAGCGCUGGAAUACUCACAGCUCUUGGUGCAACUGGAUUGCUACUGGCACUUAUGUACACUCAAGACAACGGAAAAAACCACUCACUCAGAUUAGGAUACUUGAUCGGAUUUGCAUUUUUCACAGGACUUGGAAUUGGACCACUUGUGGAAUAUGUUAUCCAGGUUGAUCCUAGUAUCAUACCAACAGCAUUUUUGGCAUCGACUUUGGUGUUCACAUCGUUCAGUCUUUCUGCCAUUUUUGCUGAACGUGGAAAGUGGCUUUAUUUGGGAGGCACUUUAAUGUCAUUGUUAUCAGUACUUAUGUUGAUGUCUUUCGCUAACUUAUUCUUUGGCUCCGAUCUUAUUUUCAAAUCGUACCUCUACUUGGGACUCGCUUUGAUGAGUGGAUUUAUACUGUACGACACUCAGUUAAUCAUGGAAAAAAGGAGAGCUGGAGACAAGGAUUUCAUUGCUCAUUCGGUCGACCUGUUUGUGGACUUCAUCGGUGUUUUUAGAAGAUUGCUCAUCAUACUUGCUCAGAAGGAACAAGGAUCGAAGAAGCGUAAAGACUGAAUGAACUGCAAACGCUUGUACCUAUUUUAUUAAUGUUAACAACCAGCAAUUUACCAACUAAAUAUUGUAAUAUCAUCUACUAUGAACUAUUCACAAAAUAAAAUUUAAAGUUAAAAAAAAAAAAAUAGUGGGUUUAUGUUUUAUUAGUUUGGUAAUUUUCUAAAUAUAAAUAUAUAUAUUAUACUCUGUAAGUCUUCAAAUAGAAUACUAUAAAAAGUACCUCGAAUCUAAUGUUGUGUAUGAUGGUGUAGGCAAUUUAGAUAAUAUAUUAUAUGAUGUAGAUACGUUAAAAAUUAAAUUUCGUAGAUAACGUUUAUGUAUUUAUUAUCAAAUGUUGUAAUAACGGAUUCUUAAAAAAAUUAAAGACUAAUGUGUAAUUUGUUAUUAUUUUGUUGUUUUUUUCAAAUUUAAAUUAUAAUAAAAAAUAAAAUACACUUAUUUAA